CAAUCAAUCUAUACCCCUGUAACGAAAUGGCUAGUCACCUGCCCAAAGGUGGUGCCCUCGUCCUGGUUCUCAAUCUUCUCCUGCUUUCGCAGUGGGAGACGGAGUCCAAGCUGCUGACACGUUGCCAGUUGGCCAAGGAGCUCUUGCGUCACGACUUUCCCCGCAGUUAUCUGUCCAAUUGGGUUUGUCUAGUGGAGGCGGAGAGUGGACGCAGUACGUCAAAAUCCAUGCAACUGCCCAACCAGAGCGUCAGCUAUGGACUUUUCCAGAUCAACAGCAAAAACUGGUGUCGCAAAGGUCGUCGUGGAGGCAUAUGCAACAUCAAAUGCGAAGAGUUCCUCAAUGACGAGAUCUCGGAUGACUCACGCUGUGCCAUGCAGAUCUUCAACCGCCACGGAUUUCAGGCCUGGCCCGGAUGGAUGAGCAAAUGUCGUGGGCGCACGCUGCCCGAUGUUUCGCGCUGCUAGGACUGCUUUUCUA